GUUUUCAAAUCCUACUUAGCACGACCGCCAUCGCAAACGAGGAGUUUUGAAACAGCAAACGGUGACGAUAAGCCGAUGGCAAGUGGCAACAGUUCACGUGUUGUUCCUGUACAGUUGUUGAGGAAAACCUCAAUAGAAGAUCUAAACGAACAAAUGAUCGGAAUGUUAGACGAAGUUGAAAGGCGCGUGGAACAGCUAAGUUACCUAUUAAACGCAAUUUUUAGAGAAUCCGCAGGGCAACUUGAACAAGAAAAAGAAUCACUGCUUGACAUGUUAAGCAACGUUAAUUUAAAUGCCGAAUUGCUACGUCUCGGCCAAGGCGAUCGUGAUGACAUCAACGCGACCACGAAUCGUUUACUGAACCGCUGCCGCGCUGUGGAAGUAGUAGUGAACACACCACGCAACGUUGAGCAAACGAAAGCUUUAAACAACGUGAACUCGCUUAUCGAAACUGCAGUUAGCAAAAUGAAAGAGGAUCUCAAUAACUCUAAAGAGGUUUUGCAGACCGUACAACGGUAUCUUAAUGCAUGCUCCCCAGACCAACCUGAUGGCCCUAUCGACCAACGUUUCCAAACGCAGGCAAGUCAUAGAAUGCACGGCGGACGACCAAAAGAAAAUAAGAAGAAGAUUGGCACAUUUAAUCACAGUCAUUGA